GAAAUUCGCGUCCUUGGCCUUACGUGCUUCCCGUAGUUUCCGGCAAAACAACGAUGGCCGCUAUGGCUUCAACUGGCAGCAGUAAAGCCGCAGAGCUAUCUAAAGCGGAGUACCUAAAACGUUAUUUAUCCGCUGACGAAGAUGCCAAGAAAUCAAAAGGGAAGCUUAAAAAGAAACGCCGCAAGGUUCCAGGAAAAGGACUUAAGAUAGUAGACGAUGACAUAGACUGGAAACAGAUGGUCCAGGAGGAGAAGGAGAUCGAAGAGGACGAAGAGGAAGCUCCAGUGGUCGCUGAGGUGAUUGAUGAUCGACCAGAGGAAGUGAAACAGCUGGAAGCCUUCAGAACCAGUAAUAGAUGGAAAGUGAUUGGAGCUGAUGAAAAUGAAGACGCAGAAGAGGGGAAAGAGGGAGAGCCUCAACAACUAGAGCCUGUGGCAACAAGCAGAAGUCGCCAUGACUCUCCUGACAUAUCCCCUCCACGAAGAGGUCGUCAUGACUCUCCUGACAUAUCCCCUCCAAGAAAAGGUCGUCAUGACUCUCCAGACACAUCCCCUCCCAAAAGAAGUCGACAUGACUCUCCAGACUUGUCACCUCCUAGGCAUCGGUCAGGCAAAUCAGGGAAGGGACCAAGUAAAGAUUCAUCCCCUGCCAGAAGAAAGCCCAGCUCAUCAUUAUCAAGUAAAAAACGGCAUGAUUCAGACAAUGACCAGUCACCUCCACGAAAAAGGCCACUCAAGGGAGGAGCUUCGGACUCCGAUCAAUCUCCUCCAAGGAGGCAUUCAAAAACAAGGCGAGGCUCUGAUUCCGACCAGUCGCCACCAAGGAGGCGUCCACGGAGUGGGAAAGACUCAGAUGGAGAUCUGUCACCACCUCGUAGGCCUGGCCAGCCACAGGGUCCGAGGAUGCUUUCUGGUGGGAAGGCAGGUCUGGUCUCUGUAGAUAUUUUAAGGAAAGAGCAGGAGGAGAACCGACGCAGAGACAGAAACAACCAGCCACUGGAAGAUGAAUCCCGCAAUGCCCAGACUGUGUUCCGAGACAAGAGUGGUAAAAGGAGGGAUUUGGAUACAGAAAGAGAAGAACAGAAAAGGAAAGCUGGAGAAAAAGCAGCAAAGGAUGAGAAAUAUGCACAGUGGGGGAGAGGUUUGGCCCAGGGCCAGAUGCAUCAGCAGAAACUUGAAGAUGCCGUGCAUGAAGCCCAGAAGCCACUGGCACGUCAACGCGAUGACGAAGAUCUUGACCGCAUGUUGAGAGAGCAGGAAAGGGAGGGAGAUCCGAUGGCUGCGAUGCUGAGACGGAAAAAGGACCGCAAUACGAAAACACAAAAAAAACCUCAAUAUAAAGGCCCACCACCACCUCCAAACCGCUUCAAUAUUCUACCAGGCUAUCGCUGGGAUGGUGUUGACAGGUCAAAUGGUUUCGAACAGAAGCGCUACUCAAGAAUUGCGGACAAAAAAGCCAGCCAGGAGGCAGCGUAUAAAUGGAGUGUGGAGGACAUGUAAUGGUAUUCAGAAACUGAUCGAUCUGGAGCGGAGCUGAAAAGCAGGACAACUCAUCAGUAGAAUCAGAAACAAGACAGGUUAUCUAAUCCACCUACUCAACAGAACUGAUACUUUGAAAAUGGACUGCAAACACUUUUAUUUUAUCUUUCAAAGCUGUUUGAUACUGUACAAUGGACUUCAGAUUAUCAAAGCUACAAACCACAAAAAUAACUGUACAUAGCUGGAAAGUGACAACAUCUUUGUUUUAUAGUAAUUGAGUCGCUGUGGAGCCAAAACGGAUGUUUUUCACCAUUUUAUUAAAUGAUGUUUUUGUAA